GAGGGUCAGCCGGUGUAUCCCUCCGAAAAAUCCGCAGCCACACUUUCACUUCACGAGUUUUCGUUCAAGCACGCGGCAUCGCCAGUGGGAAGUCUGAUUCUGCAAAAGAAGUUUUUAUUCUGUGACUUUUGUAAGAAGUUAAUCAACUAAAGCAAAAUGGGCAAGGAUUUCGAUGCUAUGGGAUUCGUCAAGGACUUCGCUGCCGGAGGUAUCUCCGCAGCUGUCUCAAAGACUGCCGUCGCUCCCAUCGAGCGUGUGAAGCUGCUUCUGCAGGUUCAGCACAUCUCGAAACAAAUCAGCCCCGAUAAGCAAUACAAGGGUAUGGUUGAUUGCUUUAUCCGCAUUCCAAAGGAACAGGGUUUUAGCUCGUUCUGGCGUGGUAACUUGGCCAAUGUCAUCAGAUACUUCCCAACCCAGGCCCUGAACUUUGCCUUCAAGGACAAGUACAAGCAGGUCUUCCUGGGUGGUGUUGACAAGAACACCCAGUUCUGGCGUUACUUCAUGGGUAACCUGGCCUCCGGCGGUGCUGCUGGUGCCACUUCUCUGUGCUUUGUCUAUCCCUUGGACUUUGCCCGUACUCGCUUGGCUGCUGAUACUGGCAAGGGUGGACAGCGUGAAUUCACCGGUCUGGGCAACUGCUUGACAAAGAUCUUCAAGAGUGACGGCCUCGUUGGCUUGUACCGCGGCUUCGGUGUGUCUGUGCAGGGUAUCAUCAUCUACCGUGCCGCAUACUUCGGCUUCUACGAUACCGCUCGCGGCAUGUUGCCCGACCCCAAGAACACACCCAUCUACAUCAGCUGGGCCAUCGCCCAGGUUGUGACAACCGUCGCUGGUAUUGUGUCCUAUCCAUUCGAUACCGUGCGUCGUCGCAUGAUGAUGCAGUCUGGUCGCAAGGCCACCGAGAUCAUCUACAAGAACACAAUUCACUGCUGGGGCACCAUCGCCAAGCAGGAAGGUACUGGUGCCUUCUUCAAGGGCGCCUUCUCCAACGUUCUCAGAGGCACUGGCGGUGCUUUCGUGCUUGUGUUGUACGAUGAGAUCAAGAAGGUCUUGUAAAUUAAAUUAUUAAAUUAUUCAACCAACAAAAUACAACAACAAACAACAUACAAACAAAACAACAACAACAAACAAAACACUACCAGCUAAUUAUAUUAGAUAAACUGAACAGAGAAGAGAACGGAGUUUGAUCUGCAAAACAACAUCUAGCCAGAACAACGGCAUGCAAUAACCCUUUUCCUUCCUGCCCCUCGCCACCCCCCACCCCCAAAAUAUAAUUACGAAAUUAUAUGAUAUAGAAUAACUGGGAUAAAAUAAUUGAUAAUUGAACGAUGGCCAGAAUCAAUAGAACACCAACAGCAGCAACAACAACAGCAGAAGCAGAAGCAACAACAUCGGCUGGAGAGGAGGAAGAGGCUGUGAGGUAAAGCUCACGAGACACACGGACAAACGAACGAAUCAAUAAGCGACAAUAUUGAAUAGUAUUGUGUUAAGUUUUGUGGGUUAGGUUAUAGUCGAUCUUGUAUCCUGUGUCCUGUGUCCUGUUUCCCGCAUCGAUUGUGUGCGUAGACGUGAAUCGUGUUUUGCCGAGCCAGCCCAGCCGCCAUCUCUCGAGCCACAAACCAGAAUGUUGGCAAUAGCGAGGGCACCAUACCAAGAAUCGUACCGAACACCAGUAUUCUGAUUCUUUCGCCUCCUGCUAGCCAGCAACAAACAACAAAC